ACAUGAACACCAAUUCUACAUUCCUGCCCAGAGCAGACACAUUAAAGCGGCCCUAUACCUGGAUCUACAACGUGACCUCCAAAUGUGCAUGAUGAUGGGACGGUGAACCCUCUGCAUGGUCAGGGAUCAGACGUCUGCAUUCUCGACGACCAAAAUCGCGUUCACAAACUGGAAUCUGCAUGCAUUUGGCACCUUUUUCAGUGAGGGAGGACAGAGAGCAGCUGCAAGAAGGAAGGGCAGGGAAAGAUUUUAGCUGGUUAGGCCGUAUCAAGCGGCAAUUGGUUGCAUGUCGCAAAGUUGAUGUUCCAAUUCUCGGAUCGCUGUCCAAUGUGAAUCUGCGUGAGUUCUCAAGCUCAUUCUCCAUGCGUGCGGGUAGUCUGCGCCUGAACUCACGAUGAGGCCACCCAACUUCUCCUUCGCUAGGUUUAGAUCUGCAUUGGCUGCUCUACAGCAACCGCUUCUGUCAAAUGUACGCAAAGCGGCUGCAGAGCCCGGGGCAAAACUCCAGGAAGCAGGGACUAGAUUCCAGAAUGGCCGUGACUUCUUUAGAUCAAGGACCCCCUACCUAUUGGCGUUGGCAGCUAGCGGCGGCCUGGGGGGGUUGUGCAUGGCCCUGGCAGAUGCCCCCCAGAAGAGCUCACCAGUUGAGGGCACAGUCCAACAGGCGCAGGAGCAAGCGGAGAAGAGCGAGGACCGCAAGAAGAGGGUGGUCAUCCUGGGCAGCGGGUGGGGGGCUACUGCAGUGAUGCAGGGACUUGAUACGAGCCUCUAUGAGACCAUCAUCGUAUCCCCCCGCAACUACUUCCUGUUCACUCCGCUGCUUCCAGGAGUUUGUGUCGGAACGGUGGAAGGCCGGAGCAUCUCUGAAGCGGUUCGCAAGAUGAUCGUGAAUGCUAAAAGCUCGGCAAAGUACCAAGAAGCAGAGGCUAUCAGCAUCGACCCAAAGAAUCAGCAGGUGCUUUGCAAGGACACGUCCGCAAUCAGCGUCACCGGCAAGGACUCUUUCGCACUAGACUACGAUUAUCUGGUCGUGGCGGUGGGGGCCGAGACCAACACGUUUGGAACGCCGGGUGUGAAGGAGCACGCAUACUUUCUCAAGGAGAUUGACGAUGCCGACAAGAUCCGCGAGAAGGUGAUUGACUGCUUCGAGACGGCGUGUCUGCCGAGCACCACGGAAGAGGAGAAGCGCCGCCUGCUGCACUUCAUCGUCGUUGGGGGGGGCCCCACCGGGUGCGAGUUUGCCGCAGAGCUGCACGAUCUGGUGGAAGAGGAUCUGAAGCGGUUGUAUCCAGAGUGUGCGCCUUACACCAAAGUGACGCUGGUCCAGUCGGCGGACCACAUUCUCAACACAUUUGAUCAGCGGAUCAGUGACUACGCCACCAAACACUUCUUGAGGUCCGACAUCAACGUCAAAGUCAGCUGCCGCGUAAUCAACGUCACGGACCGCACGCUGACGAUUUGGGACAAGUGGAAGAAGCAAAAGGAGGAGCUGGAGUUCGGGGUUACGGUAUGGGCGACCGGAAUCGGAACAAGGCCUCUCGUUUCAGACCUGAUGGAGAAGAUCGGGCAGUCGGACCGGAGGGCCCUGUUGACGGACGAGUGGCUACGGGUGAAGGGCACGCAGGGGAUCUACGCUAUUGGGGACUGCGCUACAGUGCAGCAGCGGAGUCUGGUGGAGGAUGUGACGUACUUGUUCAAGCUGGCAGACAAGGAUGGUGACGGCAAGCUGACGUACGAUGAGCUGGCCAAGGUGCUGAGCGAGGUCAAGGAGCGGUUUCCCCAGGUGGAGCACCAUCUGAGCAAGUCGGGGCUGCGCAUUCUGCUGCACGAUUUUGCGGAGGACCCGUCCAAGAUAACGCUUGACAUCGACGCUUUCACCAAGGCGCUCUCAAAGAUCGACAGCCAGGUCAAGGCGCUGCCGGCGACCGCACAGGUGGCGUCACAGGAGGGCACGUACCUGGCCAAGGCACUGAACCACAUGGCCGAGCGGAACAUUGUACCGGAAGGACCAAUGCGGAUAAGGGGCGAGGGGCGCCACUUGUGCCACCCGUUCAGGUACAAGCACUUCGGGCAGUUCACGACACUGGGCGGCGGGGAGGCGUCCGUGGAGCUGCCCGGGGACUGGGUCAGCUCCGGGCGGAGCACCAUGUGGCUCUGGUACUCGGUGUACGCGAGCAAACAAGUGAGUUGGCGUACCCGUUGCCUGGUCGUCAUGGAUUGGAUGAAGGCGGCAUUAUUUGGUCGAGACUCGAGCAGAAUGUAAGAAGGUCCUGGUUGAGCAGCCUGUCGGUUGCAGAAAAGUACAUAUGGAUAUUCAGAUUCGAUUGAACUCGUCUUCCCAAACACAAGUCGGUUAUUGUAAGUAUCUGACCGCGUCGUUCCAUUUCUUGACAACACAUCGUUAUGCUAAGUCCUCUUGUCAUAGCCAUGUAUACUUUUGAGAUAUCAGGAGCUGGGCGCAAUCGAUUGGGCGCGCAACAAAUGCAGAAUCUGUCAUUACGGAGCUAUGUCUGUACACCGUCUG